AUGGCGAAAACUAUCGCGAUACUGGGAGCCUCAUAUGCUGGGCUCACUGUGACGCACAAACUUCUGAAAACCACACUGAAGGAUAAGAAAGGCGAAUACAAGAUCGUACUCGUAUCACCAACAACACACCACUACUGGAAUUUGGCAUCGGUAAGAGCGAUUGUACCUGGACAGAUACCAGAUGAUAAACUCUUCGCCCCAAUACAACAGCAUCUCGCGCCCUACAAAGAUACGAUAACCUUCCUUCAUGGCACCGCGACCUCUCUCGACCCCUCCACCAAGACAGUUACCAUAGCCACCCCCUCAAGCACAACCACAACCCAAACAUACGACAUUCUAGUCAUCACAACAGGAAGUAGAACGAAAGAUAUCGUGCCGUGGAAACCCUCGCUGGAUGGCUAUGAAGCGACGAGAGACGGCCUGCAUAAGAUCCAAGAGCAGGUGAAGAGUGCGAAGAGUAUUGUGCUUGGGGGAGCGGGUCCGACUGGUGUGGAGGCUGCGGCGGAGUUGGGGUUUGAGUAUGGGAAGGGGAAGGAGAUUACGCUUAUAACAUCAGCCUCCCAGGUCCUUCUCGGCACGCCUCCAAACGUAGCCAAAUUCGCCGAAAACGAGCUCCGAAAACUGCACGUCACAAUCUUGAAAGACACUCGAAUUACUUCCGCUUCACCCCUCCCAACGCCCUCGACCCAAACAGAACUCACUCUAUCCUCUGGCUCCAAGAUGGUCGUCGAUCUGUACCUACCUACUGUAGGUGUAUUGCCGAAUACGGAUUUCGUACCGAAGAACUUACUCAAUGAGAACGGCGAUGUGGUUGUUGAUGAUUAUCUGAGGGUAAAAGGUGUGGAAGGGGUGUGGGCGGCUGGCGACGUCGUGGAUAUUCAGCCGAGUCAGUUUGUGUACAUGCAAAAACAGGCGGCUGCUUUGGCGAAGAACUUGGAUUUGGCGAUUAAUGGGAAAGAGCCUGUGUUGUAUAAAUAUGAUGGGGCUCCGAUGAUGGCAGUAGCUCUGGGCCGUAGUCGAGCUACAGGCAGGUUUGGUAACAAUCGUUUACCGAGUCUGAUAGUGUGGUUUCUGAAGGGUCGUACUCUCGGAACGCAGAACUUGCAGAGUUUAGUCUCGGGAAAUGGUGCUUGA